CCCGUCGCGCCGUCUUUGGACGCCUUUCCGACAUCGCGGGUCAAGCAUGAAGAAAGCAGUGGCGCUGGUGGGCGCGGGGCCUCCUUCGCCCGGCGCCUCCUCCGUGCCCGGCUUCCUAGCCAAACUUUGGUCUCUGGUCGAGGACCCCGGGAGCGACGACGUAAUCUCGUGGAGCCGGAAUGGACAGAAUUUUUGCAUUUUGGAUGAACAGAGGUUUGCUAAAGAAUUGCUUCCUAAGUACUUCAAACACAACAAUUUGUCUAGCUUCAUACGACAGCUCAACAUCUAUGGCUUCAGGAAAGUGAUGGCGCUUGAAAAUGGCAUGAUAACCUCUGAGAAGAAUCCUGCCAUUGAAUUUCAGCAUCCGUUUUUCAAGAGAGGGAAGAUUGAUUUGCUGGCAAACAUCAAAAGGAAGUCUACUCUGACACAGGUGGCCACAGUAAGGCCAGAAGAUCUCAAAAUCUGUCCAGACGACUUGCACAAAGUGUUGUCGGAGGUCCAGGAGAUGAGGGAGCAACAGAACAGCAUGGACAUCAAGCUGGAAAGUAUGAAAAGGGAAAACAAAGCCCUCUGGAAAGAAGUGGCCUUCCUCCGCCAGAAGCACAACCAGCAGCAGCAGCUCUUGUCAAAGAUCCUUGAAUUUAUACUGGGUUUAAUGAGAGGAAACUGCAUUUUGGGGGUCAAGAGAAAAAGGUCCUUGGCUGAUGCUUCAGACCCUUCGGCUCCAAAAUUCAGCCGCCAGUACGUGCGCAUUCCUGUGGAAGACUGUGAAACCACAGCCCUUUCGGAGCAUGGCCCAGACUGCCAAGACUCCAUUAUCAUUUGUGACAUCACAGAUGCUCAAGAGGAAGAGGAGGAAGAAGAUGAUGCUGCCCCAGAGAAGUUUUUGGCACUGGUGCACUCCAAUCAUGAAAGUUGGAAGGCUCCUGUGCCCACCAGAGAAGGAAUUCCCACUUGUAAAACAAUAGAGACCUCCGAGCCAGAAGUGCCCCAAGGUGACCAUUCGGUUCAGCUCUUGGAUGGCUCUCUCCAGUCCAGUGCUGUGGAGUUGCACAUUCCACAAGUCAACGCUAAUGAAGAAGCUGCAGCAGUGAUCGAUUCCAUCAUUAACGAAAACCAAACAACGGCCUCAAGUGACUCUUUCCUUGAAAGAGAAGAGAUCCAAGACUUCUUGAAUUGUAUUGAUGCGAGUCUUGAGGAGCUUCAGGCAAUGCUGUCUGGGGAAAAAACCAACCAUGCUUCGGAAACACUUACUGAUACUUUCAGUCCAGAGCUCCCUGUGUUGGAUUCAAGCAUACCAGAAGCUCCUCUCAGAUUGGAAAAGACAGAAGACUUAUCAGCAAAUUUAGACACAGAUGGGAUAAUGGAUGAGGAAACCUCAGGGAAGAAUGACAUGCAGCUGAUUCAGUAUCGGGGGAACCCUUUGCUUUCACUGUUGGAAGAACCGCCUUCCAGUGAGGAAGACGGCCGCCUGGGGAACACCGGAGGGGAUCCGCUGGGUUCCAUGGAGAGCAACAAAGCAGUGCAGCAAGUCACCAGCCCAGGAAGCCAAACAGCUGGAGCCGCUCCACUAGAGCCCCUGGAUCAGCCCCUUCUCUCAGAAGACAUGAACGGCGAAUAUAAACUCUUUCCUCUUCUGCUUCUCAGCCCAGUUGCAAAUUUCAUAGAGGAGGCCUCAGAAAUAGAAACAAGUUGAACUGCUGAUCACAUCUUUUCUGUGGAAAAAGAUUCAAGAACCAUGGCAGGUCGCAGUUCUGCUUUUCUUACUUUUCAUAGCUGAAUUUCCUCCACAAACAAGGGAAAGCUAUUUUUACCCCAAGAAUGUAGUGUUAGGAAGGCAGCUACAAGGCUGAAGUUCCAAAUUGCACUGAUUUUUUUUUUUAAACAAAAGCAAAAAAUAGCAAAUUUCAAACCUGCUUUUGAACUAUUUUAUACACAAAUGUUUUAAAUAAGAUUAAUGUUUAUAUCUUAGUGUAAGAUUUGCAUAGGGGUUUCAGGUGUUUGAUCCCAUGAUAGUCAAUACUAUCAUAAUACAUUUAUUUUUCUUUCUGAACUGUUGUGUUGGAGAUAAGCAAGUAUGUUAGAAUUAUGUUGGGUUUUUUUGUAACUGUAAUCUUUGUUUGCUCCAAACUUUUGCCUUAGUUCUUACUACUCUGACUUUGUCUUCAUCUAUGUCACCUUUUAUGUAUUAUUUACUUUUACGUUCUUCCUCUAAUUAUUAUUGUAAGUAACUUCUGUUUCCUAUGGCAAACAAUAUAUUUUAACAUUUAUUUUAAAAUAAUGGUAGUAUGUGAACCUGCUGCAUAUUUAGAUACUUUGCAAAAAGCUUGUUUCUGAUGCACAUUGCAUGUCAAACCUUCUUUUCCUAAAAUGACUUUCCCAACAGUAAAUAAUGGGAUUAUCCAAGAAGAAUCAUCAAAGCCAUCUUGGCUCUUUAAGUCAACAUUUUCUUGCAUAGGCCUGAACACCUGAGGGUGUGGAUAACCGGCAGCUGCACUUCUGAGGCUUGGGACCUGAUGCUCAUGGGAUUUGUUGGUUCCAACGAUUUUCACCCAGACUGCAGAUUCCCCUUUGCCCCUUGUCUUCAAAAGCAGAAUUAUGAGGCCUUUUGGCAUGUUGAGAUACAUAGAAAGAUAAGAUAGUUUCUGGAUGGGCAAGACAUCUCCUGAAUGUUUUUGGCCCUUUGCCCAUAAACAAAAUAUGUUGGCCAAAUACAACAGUCAUCCCUGCAAGUGCCAUGAGUGCCAGCCCUUUUAAUUCCACGUCAUCCAUGAUGCAGAGCUAUGGGGAUCGGAGCCAUUUCCACCUUAGCUCUCCUGUAAAUGGUGUAAUGGUAACAUCACAUACUUGCCUUCAAAAUGAGGGCUUCCUUUUAAAAAUAACUUGUUUGUCUGAAAAAUUGACUUGGGGCUUUUGCCUCUUGAUUUCAUGGAUACAGAUAAUCCUCAAUUUAUGACUGGUUGCUUAGAUUGAAGUUAUGACGGACCACUCCAAAAGGUUCUUUUUAAUAUAUUUGAAUAUUAAUAUUUUGUUCAAAAAAGGUUCUUACGGACUGGUUCCAAAGUUCUGAUAGCCAACACGCACACACACAGGCACACACAUACAUACAGGCAUGUCACAUGACUGCAUUUUGAUGCUUGGCAACUGGGUUAUGUUUACAGUCAUUUGCAGCGUCCCACAGUCACAUGACCAGUUUAUAACAAAAUCAGGCACGUCUGCUUUUUGGCAAAAACAUCCCAUAGCAAACUGAGUUUGGUUAAGACUGCUGCCAAAUGUCGUAAAAUCAGCUUGGUCAUGUGAUACAUUAUGACUGUCACAACAUAUGACUGUAAUAGGCAAGCUCCAUUACAGUCAUAAUUUGAGGACUAGCUGUAAUGAAAAACUGCACAGUGUUUUGGUACUUUGUUUCAAAAGUGAAAAUUUGAAAGUGAAUUAUAAUAAAGACUAAACAUUU